AUGUCAAAGUCAUGGAAAUCGACGCUGAGGCUGCCCCGCUCAAGCUUCCCAGCUCGGCCGAAUCCAAAGCUGCAACAGCAGCUCUUGCGCGACUGCACCAAUAACUAUUACCAAUGGCAGACGAGCAACCGGCCAAAAGAGAACCCGUUCGUACUCCACGAUGGCCCGCCGUACGCCAAUGGGCCGCUUCAUGCCGGCCAUGCGAUCAACAAGACUCUCAAGGACAUGAUCAACAGGGUUCAGGUGCAGGCUGGUAGAAGGGUCAUGUACAGGCCGAGUUGGGACUGCCACGGCCUCCCCAUUGAGAUGAAGGCUCUCGGGGAGAGUGGUACCAAGGGAUUGAGCCCGCCCAAGGUUCGAGAAUCUGCCAGGCGUUUGGCGAGCAGGACGAUUCUGGAUCAGAUGAAGGGAUUCCAGUCGUUUGCCGUCAUGUCCGAGUGGGAUAAUAAGUGGACAACCAUGGACCGCGCCUUCGAGAUUCGACAACUUCGCGUGUUCCAGAAGAUGGUCCGCAGCGGCCUCAUAUAUCGCAAGCACAAACCCGUUUACUGGUCGACAUCGUCUCGCACGGCUUUGGCCGAGGCUGAACUGGAAUAUCGUGACGACCAUGUGUCGACUGCUGCCUAUGUUAAAUUCCCUAUUUUGUCUGAUUGGAGCUCGGUUCCCGGACUGAGCGACUUCAAGGGCCAACUGUACGCUGCUAUAUGGACAACAACCCCCUGGACGCUUCCCGCCAACAAGGCCAUUGCUGUGCACAAUGAGCUCGACUACGCGCUGCUGCAGGUCGGAAAUGAUGGACUUUUGGUCGCAGAGAGCCGUCUUGAAGAGAUUGCAAAGAACAUUCCCUCUGGUGUGGUCAUUGCUAAGUCGAUUCCUGGUUCCCAGCUAACGGGUCUCUUGUACCGAAACAAGCUGAGAGGGAGCGCCUCUUCCUUGCAGCCCAUUGUUCAUGCCGAAUUUGUCUCUGCUGAUUCCGGAACCGGCCUCGUCCACAUGGCACCUGGACACGGACAGGAAGACUACCAGGCUUGCUCGGCGUUGGGCAUCGAAGCGUUCGCCCCCAUCACGGAUGAAGGGCACUUUACUCCCGAGGCCUACCCAGACGACCCUGAAAAACUGGCUUCGGCGCCAUCUAUUCUCGACGGCGGAAGCCAGGCUGUGCUGGAACUGGUUGGAGAAGAUGUGCUCUGGACUCAUAAACUUGUCCAUAAGUACCCGUAUGACUGGCGCACGAAGAAACCUGUGGUUAUCCGAGCCACGGCGCAGUGGUUCGCGGAUGUAGGAAGCAUCAAGGAAGACGCUCUUCAGGCGUUGAGCCAGGUGCGUUUCGUCCCCGAAUCUGGCAGAGUUCGCCUGGAAAGCUUCGUCAAAGGUAGAAGUGAGUGGUGCAUUUCCAGACAGCGAUCCUGGGGGGUGCCUAUUCCUGCUCUCUAUGAUGAAAGUGGAAACGCUGUCAUGACGGAUGAAUCUAUCGAGCACAUCAUAUCUGUUAUGGAACAAAAGACGUCAGACGCAUGGUUCUCGGAUGCUCCAGACGAUGCCGCCUGGAUUGCGCCAUCGCUCAAGGGAACGUACCGACGUGGAACUGAUACAAUGGAUGUUUGGUUUGACAGCGGUAGCAGCUGGACAGAGAUUGGGCGUCCUGUGGAUGUCUAUCUUGAAGGCUCUGACCAGCACCGAGGCUGGUUCCAAUCCAGUCUCCUAACAUUUGUGGCAGCUCAAAAAGCAGACGGCAAAACUGGAACUGACAUUGCACCUCCCUUCGGAACACUCAUCACCCAUGGCUUCACGCUUGAUGCGCAAGGCAAGAAAAUGUCCAAGUCUCUGGGCAACACCAUUGUCCCCAGUGAGAUUAUGGAGGGCAGGCUACUGCCCCCUCUGAAGAGCAAAGGGAAUGAUGCCGCCACACGAUUCGACGCCCUCGGUACCGAUGCCCUGCGACUCUGGGCGGCUAGCAGCGACUUUACAUCUGAUAUUCUUGUGGGAGCAUCCAUCUUGCAGCCGAUACACACUGCACUGAUCAAAUACCGCACAACAUUGAAGAUGCUGCUCGGGUCAUUGCACCAAUCUGCGCUCCAGGCACCGUUGACAAAGCUUGACCAAAUCGCCAUCCUGCAGCUUCAGGACGUCAUGACUCAGGUCUGGGAGGCAUAUAGCAACUACGAAUUCCACAAGGCUGUCGGGAUGAUCAACCGAUGGAUUGCGACAGACCUCUCUGCGUUUUACCUGGAAGGACUUAAAGACCGUCUGUACUGCGGUGAUGGGGGCGGUGUCCUGGUUCCCAUCUUGGUUGGAUUCUUGCGAAUGCUGGCACCAAUCACGCCGAUGCUGGUUGAAGAGGCCUGGUCUCACAGGCCGUCAUGGAUGGUGGAAGAUGUGUCAUUCGAACAUCCGGCACGGCAGCUCUACAACUCGCAUGUGAUUGAUCCCGCGCGCUUGACGCUGGAUCAGGCGCAGCUACGACGACACUUGCCUAUCCUGUCCGCUGUGCACGAUGCGGUGAAGGCGGGGUUGGAGCAAGGCCGAGAGUCGAAAGCGCUCGGCAGCUCUCUUCAGUGCUCCUUGAACAUCUCUGUUGCGGAUGACCGCCUGGCCACCGUUUUGAAGGAGUACCUAGAUGAGCUGGAUGCCGUGUUUGUGGUAUCAUCUGUGGAGCUCAACACUCCCCUUUCGGCCGACAAUCAUGAUUGGUGCUAUUCGAAGGAGUUUGUCGUGGAUGGCAUGCAGGGCGUUGUGUAUGUGCUGCCGCCUCUGCAGAGCAAAUGCGGUCGGUGCUGGAGAUAUGUUGCCGAGGAGGAGGAGGGACUGUGCGGACGAUGCAAAGAGGUUACAGCGGAUACAGCAUAG